AUAACCUAAUUUUGUAACAUAUAUUAUAAUGUUUUUUUUAUAUAUCAUGACUUGACUUUUGACUAGUACGAACGACCAGGCACAUCACCAAAAAGGAACUAUGAUGGCGAAUUUGCUGCAAAUCCAGUAAGUCAACAGAUCGACAUUCUUGAGCUGAAAGACUUGGAGAAAGAGUAUGUUCUUGCUCGGAGUCGGCUGACAUUGGCUCAGCAGGACCCCCCCUCAGCCGCCAUUGCAGGAGGUGCAUCUUCACAAGAGAUGGUGGCUCUGCUGGUACAAACAGGACUAUUUGACACAGCCUUGACACUAUGUCAGACCUUUAACUUAUCCCUCACACCUGUAUUUGAAGGACUGACCUUCAAGUGUAUCAAACUGCAGUAUAAAGGCGAUCUUGACCAGACGGAGGUGUGGAACUGGCUUGCAGCUAAUCAGUUGCCAACUGUCAUUACUACUAAAGAGUCCAGUGCGACAGAUGAAGCUUGGCGGCUGUUAGCUCAUUAUUUGGAGAAAUAUCCCUCACAGAACGCUCAGUAUCAUCGCUGUGUCCUCAACAAGCUGCUCUCACAUGGGGUGCCAGUGCCUGAUUGGCUGCUCAAUGCCUACAAGGAAGUCGAUGCUGCUGCGCUGUUGCGUCUCUAUCUGAACUAUGAUCAGCUGGAGUCAGCAGCUGAGCUCGUGCUGGAGUAUGUGGAUGCUCUGCUUGGAAAGGGACAUCAGUAUUUUGGUAUAGAGCGGCCUCUCUCAGCUACAGCAUCCCUGGUAUGGCUGCCUUAUACAUCGAUUGAUCAGCUCUUAAGAAACCUCAGUGAAAGUCAGAUCAAUGAAAAGAUGUACAAGAAUCUGAAAGAUAAACUAUCAGAGUAUCACAGACUGGUGGAUCAGAGCAGCAGACACAGACUCAUGGCCCGUUAAUGGCCACUCAGAACUGUACUUCGGUCAUGUACGGGAGUAUAAAUAAUGUUGAUGAAAAUAAUGAUUUUUUGUGGCGUGUAGUUGUGUUGAGCUUUUUGAUUCCCAUGCUGAAAAUGUAUGGAAAGUGUAUCAACAUCUGCAUCAAUGAUUUGAUGUGUCAGUUCAGCCUUAUAAAAUAAAUUGAAAAUUGUGUAUUUUUAUAUAGACACAGUUUAAAACAUCUUAAACUUUAUAUGUUGUACUCUUGACUUAACUGGUGUAAUUUAAAUAAGGAAUGCAGUAAAACAGUUGUUUAAUUGA